AUGGAGACUGGCGCCGGUCCACACCCGCUGCGCCUGUUCGUCUGCCUGAUGCCACUCUGCCUUGCUCUGCUUCUGGGUCCCGGGCGGCCCGGGACCGCUGAGGAAGUUAUCCUCCUGGACUCCAAAGCCUCCCAGGCUGAGCUGGGAUGGACUGCACUGCCAAAAACUGGGUGGGAGGAGAUUAGUGGCGUGGAUGAACACGACCGUCCCAUCCGCACCUACCAAGUGUGCAACGUGCUGGAGCCCAACCAGGACAACUGGCUUCAGACAGGCUGGAUCAGCCGCGGCCGUGGGCAGCGCAUCUUCGUGGAGCUGCAGUUCACGCUGCGUGACUGCAGCAGCAUACCUGGCGCCACGGGCACCUGCAAAGAGACCUUCAACGCAUACUACCUGGAAACCGAGACCGACCUGGGCCGAGCGCGUCCCCGCCUAGGAGGCAACCGAGCCCGCAAGAUUGACACCAUCGCAGCUGAUGAGAGCUUCACGCAGGGAGACCUGGGAGAACGAAAGAUGAAGCUGAACACGGAGGUGCGUGAGAUUGGCCCCCUCAGCCGGCAGGGCUUCCACCUGGCCUUCCAGGACGUGGGUGCGUGCGUGGCGUUGGUCUCGGUGCGUGUCUACUACAAGCAGUGCCGCGCCACAGUGCGGGGCCUGGCAGCCUUCCCCGCCACCGCAGCUGAGAGCGCCUUCUCCACGCUGGUGGAAGUGGCUGGGACUUGCGUGGCUCACUCGGAAGGGGAACCCAGCAGCCCUCCCCGCAUGCACUGUGGUGCCGAUGGCGAGUGGCUGGUGCCCGUGGGCCGUUGCAGCUGCAGUGCAGGAUUCCAGGAACGUGGUGACAUCUGUGAAGCCUGUCCCCCAGGGUUUUACAAAGUGUCCCCAAGGCGGCCCCUCUGCUCGCCCUGCCCGGAGCACAGCUUGGCCCUGGAGAACGCCUCUACAUUCUGCGUGUGCCAGGACACCUAUGCACGAUCACCCACCGACCCGCCCUCAGCUUCUUGCACCCGGCCGCCAUCGGCGCCGCGGGACCUGCAGUACAGCCUGAGCCGCUCCCCGCUGGCGCUGCGGCUGCGCUGGCUGCCGCCGGCGGACUCAGGCGGCCGCUCCGACGUCACCUACUCGCUGCUGUGCCUGCGCUGCGGGCGCGACGGUCCGGCGGGCGCGUGCCAACCCUGCGGGCCGCGCGUGGCCUUCGUCCCGCGCCAGGCUGGGCUGCGGGAACGCGCCGCCACGCUGCUGCACCUGCGGCCGGGCGCGCGCUACACCGUGCGCGUGGCCGCGCUCAACGGCGUCUCAGGCCCGGCCGCCGCCGCGGGAGCCACCUACGCGCAGGUCACAGUGUCCACCGGACCCGGGGCACCCUGGGAAGAGGAUGAAAUCCGCAGGGACCGCGUAGAGCCCCAGAGCGUGUCGCUGUCGUGGCGAGAACCUGUCUCUGCUGGAGCUCCCGGAACCAACAACACAGAGUAUGAGAUCCGCUACUAUGAGAAGGGUCAGAGUGAGCAGACUUACUCCACAGUGAAGACAGGGGCACCGGCUGUCACUGUCACCAACUUGAAGCCUGCUACCAGAUACGUUUUUCAGAUCCGGGCAGCCUCCCCAGGGCCUUCAUGGGAGGCCCAGAGCUUCAGUCCAAGCAUCGAAGUGCAGACCCCAGGGGAAGUUGCCCCAGGGUCCAGGAACCAAAGCCCUGCAGUGGUUGUCACCGUGGUGACCAUCUCAGCCCUCUUGGUCCUGGGCUCCGUGAUGAGUGUGCUGGCCAUCUGGAGGAGGCCCUGCGACGGCAAAGGAAGCGGCAGCGCCCAUGACGAGGAGGAACUGUAUUUCCACUUCAAAGUCCCGACACGCCGCACGUUUCUGGACCCCCAAAGCUGCGGGGACCCGUUACAGGCUGUGCAUUUGUUUGCCAAAGAGCUAGAUGUCAAAAGCGUCACCCUGGAAAAGAGCUUGGGAGCAGGACGGUUUGGGGACCUGUGCUGCGGCCACCUGCAGCUGCCGGGUCGCCAGGAACUGCCCGUGGCCGUACACACUCUGAGGGAUGGCUGCUCUGACGCCCAGAGGCUCAGCUUCCUGGCUGAGGCCCUCACCCUGGGGCAGUUUGACCACAGCCACAUUGUGCGUUUGGAAGGAGUUGUCACCAGAGGAAACCCCUUGAUGAUUGUCAUCGAGUACAUGAACCUCGGGGCUCUUGAUGAUUUCCUCAGGCAUCACGAGGGGGAGCUGGUGGCUGCACAGCUGAUGGGUCUGCUGCCUGGGCUGGCAUCCGCCAUGAAGUAUCUGUCAGAGAUGGGCUACGUUCACCGGGGCCUUGCAGCCCGUCGAGUGCUUGUCAGCAGUGGCCUCGUCUGUAAGAUCUCUGGCUUUGGGCGGGGUCCCCGGGACCGAGCCGAAGCUGUCUACACUACCAUGAGUGGCAGGAGCCCGGCGCUCUGGGCAGCUCCUGAGACUCUACAGUUUGGCCACUUCAGUUCUGCUAGUGAUGUAUGGAGCUUUGGCAUUGUCAUGUGGGAGGUGAUGGCCUUUGGGGAACGGCCCUACUGGGACAUGUCUGGACAAGAUGUAAUCAAGGCUGUGGAGGAUGGCUUCCGCCUGCCACCCCCCAGGAACUGUCCCUCCCAACUGCACCGAUUGAUGCUAGAGUGCUGGCAGAAAGACCCAGGUGAGCGGCCCAGGUUCUCCCAGAUCCACAGCAUCCUGAGCAAGAUGGGGCAGGAGCCAGAACCCUCCAAGUGUGCCUCGCCCACCUGUGUCAGGCCUCCCACCCCCCUGGCAGACCGUGCCUUUUCUACCUUUCCCUCCUUUGGCUCCGUGGGUGCCUGGCUGGAGGCCCUAGACCUGUGCCGCUACAAGGACAACUUCUCUGCCGCAGGUUACGGGAGUCUGGAGGCCGUGGCUGAGAUGACUGCCCAGGACCUGGGGAGCCUUGGGAUCUCUUCCGCAGAACAUCGAGAGGCCCUCCUUAGUGGGAUCAGUGCCCUGCAGACUCGAGUGCUACAGCUCCAGGGUCAGGGGGUACAAGUGUGAGCCUCUCAGCCCUGCCCAAGGACCUGCAAGCUGCACUCCCCUUGGCUGGGAAGAGUGCUCUCACUUCGUGGGCCCUGAGCUGCUUGGUACCACGUUGUCCCAUUUCAUUUUUCCUCACAACACCUUGCUGACCUAGUGGUCCUAAAACGAGGUUCAGAUCCCCAGAGAGGA